AUGUUUAUAAUUUGGUUUCUGACGCUUUUCGUAAUUGGGACCCUCACUAGCGGGGUGGCUGCAUCGGACCAUUGCAAUCGGCAUACACGGCCAAACGCAAUGGAACGGAUAAAGCAGUAUGGCAACUAUGACUUUACCCACAGUAUCCGCACCCGCAAUAAGGAGAUGGUCCAGCCGCUCUUCGAUCUGGGUUUCUUGCUGGCGGCGGGCUACAACCAGCCGGAGUCGCGGCGCGCGUUCCGCCAAGCCUUAGAGUACGACAACCUAUGCGCCAUGUGCUGGUGGGGCGUAGCGUACGCAAGAGUACCCUUUCAGAACAAGUUCGUACGGCGGCCACCCCAUGUUGACGAGUCCGCCGACGUCUCCAUGUACUACAGACCCGUGGACGCGGACAAAGCGAGCAAGGCAAUUCAGUACGCGGCAGCCUUGGUGGGCCUUGCGUAUCUCAAAGACACAGAGCCGUUGAUGACCAGCAUCAAGAACCAGAUGCUGGAGAAGCCAUCGAUGCCUGUGACAGAUCGACUGAUGAACAAGCUGCCGCGCUGUAGCGCUGUGAGCACGACGACGACGACGCAGCAGCAGCAGCAGAGCCCUUUGAAUGAGACGGCACUGCUCGAGCGGGAGAGGUACUACAUCGCGGCUAUGUUUGAUCGGCUGAGUGUGGGUAUCGACAUGUCGGACCCUGCGGGGGGCGUGAGGUUGUGGCAGGAAGCGGAGAGGCGCUACGUGGCGGACAUGACAGAGAUAGCGAACUGCUUCCCGGACGAUGCGGACGCGCCCGCCCUGGCCGCCGAGGCCCUGGCCAACCUCAGUCCCUGGAUGUUCGUACUGAACGGCACAAGUGAGUGGCGAGUGCUGUAUGUCCUGUGUGCGCUGUACGGGGAUGGAGCAGCACAGCGAGUUGCUGAGGACCAGCCCACCGAGCUCGCCAAGAACGCCACCCGGUUGCUGCAGGUUGCGCUUGAACGCAACCCCGCCCAGCCACUAGCCAUGCACCUCCUGAUCCACGUGACGGAGGAGCUGCCUGCACGGAACGCGGCCAACGACACAGACUACGUUGCCGGUCUGGCUCUGGACAGCGCCAACCGGCUGCUAAACAAGUUCCCCACCCUGGACCACCUGCAGCAUAUGCCCUCACACACCUUUGUGAGGGUGGGCAUGUGGAGGAAGGCGAUUGAGGCGGGGAUGUACGAGAAAGCGCAGGUGUAUGCGCGCGUUCUGCGGGAAAUAUCAAGGUUCGUCCCCGACAACGCCGCCGUUGUGGGCCCCCACUGGCCCGCCCCCCUCCUGGUCUACACGCUGUUUGGAAACUGGUCUCAAGUCGCGGUUCUAAACGACCUGGCAGACAGAGUGAACAAGUCGCUGCUCGGCGAAGCCGCAGCCGGCGGCGGCAGCAGUACGACAAGUGACGUGUUUUUGGAUCCUGCUUUGGAUCCAGUGGUUAGAGAUCGGGUGCCGGCGCCACCUAAUCGGCCGGCGCUGUUGACGGCUAUGGAUUACCGGCGGCAACCUGCUGAUGGGCCCCAGUUCGCGGUGGCUGUGUGGCUCUACGCCCAGCUCAUGGCAGUGGCCGAUAAGGUACACGAGCUGCAGAGACUUUCCAAAACGGAUAUCAUGGCGGCGGCCAACAUUAAUGACAUCAUCGCGGGCAUGAACGGCAAUAGCAGUAGCAGUAGCGCUUCGGUGACUGUUUUCCUUGCGGAUCAGAAGCUUCUAGAGGAUUUGCAUGCGACGCUGAAGAGCGUGGUUGCGGCGAUACCCCCUGAUGGUGGAAGUGGAGGAGAGGAGCAUGGGGGAGCAGGCGGGGAGGAGGAGGAGGCGGGACCGGGGCCGGGCCUUGGCGUACUUACCCCAGGGUACAAACUCAUGGCCAAUGUGAUGCUCAAGAUGGCGGAGGCCCGGGUCUCCUUCAUCGGACUGAACUUCACAUCUGGGUUUAAGGCCCUUGAGCAGGCAGUCGAGCUGGAGGAUAGCGGCGGGUACAAUGAGCCACCCCGCCUUGCGCAACAACCUGUACGGCAGUGCCUGGGCUGGGCGCUGAUGACGAUAGGAAAUCAUACGGCGAAGGAACAACUCCUAAAGGCGAUGCAGGCAUUUAUCGACGAUCUGGCUCGCAACCCGAACAAUCCUUGGUCGGUUAUGGGACUGCAGCAGCUUAAGGAGAAGUUGCCCAAUUCCGGGUUGGCGGAAAACCCCGAUGCGCUGUUAGAGGCUCUAGAACGCGUGCGUGACAUACUGAGCAGGGUGACGAUGGAGCCGGAUGCGGCGAAUGCUGCCGUCGAAAAGCACUUGAAAAGCAGCUGUUAUGCCUUUGGCAAGCUGAAGUUGUUGCCUCGGCCGGGCGGCAGCAUCACUGGCAGCAUCACCCCCGGUACCGGUACCGGGGGGUGGGGGGGUGGAGUGGGGCCGGGGGGGCGGAAAGAAAAAACAUUAUUUGGGCGCGCUUUGGCGUUUUUUGGCUCUCUGGCAUUUUCCCGCGUCCUACUUGGCGACUGAUGGACGCUGAUAGACGGUUGUAAUAUUGUACUGAC